UACACGAGCAGGAUCAAGCAAUUUUGAUGUAUAUAAACGCGCCUGAUGUACAUUAUUCGCUUCUCUUGAAUGCAUACAACUUACCCUCGUACCCUAGAGGCCAACGCGCAGAGCACAUCCAUUGUCUAGGUCGAGGAGGAUGUGCAGGCAUUCUGAGACGCUUUUUUUUUUUUUUAAAAUGUUAUUAGUAAACUAAUAUUUAUUUUCUGACGCGAAGUUAUACAAGUCAGCACUGCGGAAGCGUGUAUAAUUUAGUGGUGAUAACACACGAGCUGGAGGUGUGACUUUAACAUUAUGCUCGCCCGGAAGAACAUCCAGUGACGUUUAAUGUUAUGUGACAAUGAUCUGCAACCAACCACAUCUGAGAUAAAACAGUUAAUGGAACCAAGCCAUGGAUCUCCCACCUCAAAGGCAUCCUGGAAGUCACAGCAAUCCAACUCUUCGUCGGAGAAUGCAGCGUUUUUUGCCAUUUUCUGUUCGCCGCACAUCGAAAGUGUGGAACCACUACACUCAGUUAAGUCUGCAUCGUGUCGAGUGUAACCAUUGUAAGAGACAGCUUUCCUUUCACAACAGCACUACUUCCAUGAGAGAACACUUAGGACGCAAACACAGCAUUCGAGAAGGAGCAGUACCCCCUCACAACACAACAGGCAUCCCCAGUCCUGCAGCUUUGCAUUCUCACAUUCAGACCUCUUUACGUAGUAAUAGAUGCCACACCACAGGCAAUGCUCCGUUUCAACCAGCACUGCCAGUUACUGUCAAAGAGGAGCAGGAAGAAGUACUGCCAGCUGAGAUGGCAGAGACCAAUCCAGCUCGGACCACAUACACCCCUGACUGUGUAGCAGGAAGCGGUACUUCUAGUUCAAAUGCCAUUGUGCACCAAGAUACAGAUAUAGGUUGCCUAAUGUAUAAUUUUCCUGUAGGCGAGAUGGGCAGCACUGCUGGAGGCAGCAGUAACCGCAGCGGCUCAAGAGCCUGCAGCAACAAGCGAGCAGAGGUUUUGACCGAUCUUAUCUUGGAAAUGGUCUUCAGAGACCUUCGGCCAUUGUCUGUGGUAGAAGAGAGGGGGUUCAAACUCUUACUGAGUUGUCUAGAGCCUAGCUACCCCGUGCCUUCUCCAUCUCUACUUGGCAGUCUUCUUUGGCAUCGCUACCACAUCCUCAAGCAAUGCCUUCAACAGUAUCUACAGACAAGUCUAACUUCUCACUGUCUGACCCUCUGCACUGAAUAUUGGCGAUCCAUAGAUGGGUGUGGGGUUGAUGGGGAUGGUCAGUACUACCUUACAGUCAGCACGCAUUUUGUAGACUCUAAUUGGCGCCUGGCACGUUACGUGCUUGAGACCCGUCCAAUAGCAGAAUUCAAAAGAAGCCCAUCUAAAAGUGUGCAAACGAGCUUUGCAGACACUUUGAGAGCAGUCCUCUCCGAGUUCCAGCUCCCAGAGAACUUCAUUUUCUGUGUCGUGCAUGACACCCCCAGUGGAUCCGACCCCAGGGGGCAGGAGAAUAUGGCCAUUAAUCCGGGAUGUCAGCAAGAAUUUGCUGGACCCAGCCAUGCUCCUCCCAGUAAUCUUCCCGAGGGAUGGGCACCUCUGCUUUGUGCAGGGCAGGCCCUGAAACUUUGUGUCCAGGAGGGACUUUGUGUGGAGACUGUCAGACAAGCUCUGGCAGAUGCCCGUGCCAUUGUUCUACAUUUCCAGCACAAUGUGAACGCUUCUAUGGCACUGAGCCAGAAAGCCAAGGCUGUUAAUAAAGAGUCCACAUGCCUUGUCUUGAAUGACCCAGGGCGCUGGACCACUGCCAUUGAGAUGUGUGAGAGUCUGCUGGAGCUCAAGUGGGUAAUAAGUUCUGUCCUAGAGGAGAAAAAAGUAGCAACAAAUCUGGCAGAUCACCAGUGGCGUCUUAUACAUGAACUAGUUCCUGUGCUCAAAACAGUUCGCAUUGCAGCAUCGUUUUUAAGUGAGGACAUCAACAGUCCCAUUUCAGCAUUAAUGCCAUGCCUACAAGGAGUGUCUCGGCUCCUUGGACAGAAAAUUUCAGAGUGUACCUGUCCAGUGGUGAAGGGAGUUAUGCAGAGAAUUCGUGCUGGUAUGGACAAACGGUGGAGUUUGAGUGAUGAAGAUGCUCUUCUGGAUUCUUCUGCUGUAUUGUCCUCGUUUCUGGAUCCGCGUUUUAAAGAGUUGCGGUUUCUUAGCCCACAUGCCCGCAGCAAGUUGCACGACAAGGUGAAAGAGUUGCUAUCUGUUCAUGCUUUUACGAGCGACAAACAAAUGAAUCCAGAAAGGAGACAAAGCAUGGAAAUGGAAGAGACUGUGGACGAGCGUGAAGAACCUGCAGCUUUUGGAUUGGAUGAUUCCUUGCCAAUUCCUGCAAUGGCUUCUUUGGAUUCUCCUGAAUCAUGUGGAUCUGUGGAGGAAGGUGACAGCAUUGAGCUGCACCCAAGCGAGCCCUCUGUUGUCAUAUCAUCUCCAGAACCAGUCAAUGAAAACACGCUUGGUUCGCCUUUCAAGAAUGCUAACGACCGUAAAAGACGUUCUAGUGGGACCAGUAUGACCUCACCGCUGAGAGGAGAUUUACAGAUCACGCCUCGUAUACGGAUGAGUCCUCUCCCGCAGAGCAUGUAUGAUAUUAUUCUGGGCGAGGAUCCUACCGAGCGAAUGCCCGAGAUUCACCAACAGCUGGAGAAUUACAUAGCAGAGCCACUUUGCAGACGCAGCCUCUCGCCCCUGCAAUGGUGGCGCAACAAGGAGCAUCGCUUUCCUGCUGUGGCCAGACUGGCUCGAAAAUACCUGUCCAUACCUGCAACUGCUGUUUCUGCUGAUCGGACAUUUGCCCCUAGGGAGUCCCCAGUGACCCAAAGAAGGGCCACAUUGGGGUCUAAACACCUUGACCACAUUUUGUUUCUCCAUCAGAACACUGACUAUGUGGAUCAGCUGAAAGGUGACUCCUCCACACGUGAAAUUGAGCAGUGGAACAACGUUAGUGGAAACCAAAGCAGAGAAAGUCUUUACCAGACUCUAGUAUCGUAUGAAAGUAACGCUUGUGUGUCCGAAGAAGAGUCAUGAUCACUGUUUAUGUACAUAUGCAUACAGACAUGUUAAAGGGAUAGUUCAACCAAAAAUGUUAAUUCUGUCAUAAUUUACCCUCGAUUUACUCAAUGUAUGGAAAAAUACUAUGGAAGUCAAUGGAGACAUUAACUUUUUGGUAAACCACAUUCUUCAAAACCUUUUAUUUUCAACAGAAGUAAGAAAUUCAUACAGGUUUGGAACAACUUGAGGAUGAGUAAAUGGAAACACAAUUUUUCAUUUUUGAGGGGACUAUCCCUUUAAGAUUGUUUAAAAACUAUAUACAUGUUAAUAUUAAGUGUUGCCUUUGAACCGUUGUCAUAUCCCACAAUAAGCUAGGUAUCUGAUGACCAUCAUAAUCAACAGGUUUUAGACGCAAGGAUUAUGAGAAAAGAUAAACACAGUUAUACUGCUAUGUGAAUACGUUUUGAAAUAACACAUUCCUUUUACAAGGAAUCUAUGACACUAUUGUUUAAUAUAGUCUUUGGUCUCUAAGAGGUCUGAGGGUUUGUCUUGUAGGUACUGUUUUUACAACAUUUUUCCUAAAUUUGUUUUGCUACAUUCUUAACGUCUUUGAAGCAUUACAUAUUUACGCAAUAUGAGCACAUGAGCAUUGAGCAAUCAUGCUGCUGUUCUGAAUAUCAGUACGGCUGUGAUUUGGUCUUAAGUAAUCUCUGCUGUGCAGACAUCAAGCCAACUUCAUCUCUGCACAGUUUGAAUACUGAAAAAUCGAAUUUGGUCAAUCAAAUUCCAGGCCAUAAAGUAACUGUUGUAUUAUUGAUUAAAUAUGCAUAUGCUGUUACUCUUACUAUAGUAUUAUCACUUUACAGUGUUGUAUUCAUUACAUAAAAUGUAUUGUCAAACUCGUCGAUGCAUUUCAACCGUAUCGCUUCCUCCUUUAUAUUUAUAGGGAAUAUGUAGAUUCAAAUGAGAUAUCUUUGUUUUUAUAGUUGCAACAGUAGAAUUUACAAUGUAUUCUAUUUGUAGCAUGUUCAGAUUAAAAUGUUCUAUGAAAUACUCUUCUAAUAAACAAUGGAAGAUUGUGA